GAUUGGCGGUAUAUAUAAGUUCAGGAGGUAAACAGUUCGAAGUUCAGUUUUACUGAGACGACGAUACAGUGUUCUCACACACCAGUCGAUCUUAAUAAUUCACAAAGAACGUCCUUCGUAUCUUCUAUUCACCGCUAACCAUCCGAAUCCGCCAUGUCUUAUGAAGAAUCGAAAUUCGGUGACGGAGCACCCCGCGCCCAGCUGAAACUGGUCACCGUGCUAUUCAGACACGGUGACCGUACUCCGGAGGUCAAUGGAGCAGGGGGUGAAUCUUACCCAACGGAUCCGACACUCGACCCCAAGAACAACUUCUUCCCAGUCGGACCGGGGGGUCUUACCAACGAAGGGAAAAAGCGCGAACUCGCCCUGGGACGCGCUCUAAGGUGUAGAUACGACUCUUUCCUGGGUCCGACCUACUAUCCCGCGGUGGUCAAGGCUCGCAGUACGGACUACGAACGUACAAAAAUGUCGCUCCAAUUGGUCUUGUACGGUAUUUUCCCACCUGUGGGAAACCAGCAAUGGGAGUCCGGAGCGUGCUGGCAACCAAUUCCCACCGAUUACUGGCACAAAGAGAAGGACUGCAUUCUGCGUCCCGAUCUAUGCCCCAAAUCCAUCGCUGCAUCCUCUCGUUACCAGGCUAGCAAGGGACAUAUCGACUUGGAAAACGAACUUUUGGACCUGGCUAAACAUCUUUCGGAAGUUAGCGGAGAGAAGUACACGUCUAUCGCCGAUUUGGCUUUCCUCUACAUCAGAACCGCCCAGGAAGACUCUCUGGGACAUCCCAUUCCGGAUUACCUCAAGGGUGUUUAUCCAAAGGGUCAACUGUUGAAGGCUGCAGCCUUCUUCUUUGGAUUGCAAAACGGCAACGACGAAAUCAGGCGUUUGUACGGAGGAAAAUUGUUGCGCAAGAUCACCGACGACUUCAAGAACGUCCGAGACGGUACCAUCACCGACGGCCGAAAACUCUACCUCUACAGUGCCCAUGACAUAAACGUCGCCGCUCUUCUGAGUACUCUUGGUAUCUGGGAAGCCCAUAUGCCACAAUACUCGAGCGCCGUUAUCACCGAAUUGUGGGAAAACGAGGGAAAAUACUACAUCAAGAUCGUUCGUUGGCUCGGUAUUCCACCGGAAUUCGUCGAGGUGACCCUACCCGGUUGUGAGAAGCUCUGUCUUUUGGAACAUUUCCUCAAAGUUAAGAAGAACGUCAUCGCUACCGACGAAGAUUUGAUGUGCCACUAAUAACGACAUGGUCGAACACUCGCUGGGAAACAACUCGUCCGGUCACCGGUGGUUGUUUUAAUUUUUGGGAUUUCCGAUGUUUUUGCUUUGCUUUGAAAAUAUUUAUGAUCCUGCAGAGUAUCAUAUUGCUCUGUCUCUUCACUUCUUGCAUUACGAUUUCAAUCAUUAUUUUAUUGAAUUUGCAAACUGCGCCGUUAUUUCACUCUGCCGGAAUCGGUGUGAUGUGAUUUUUUUGGAAUUCACCUAUCUGGUGGUAGGCGAGCUUUUUAAAUGCCCACCUCAAUUGGACACCUAUGUAUCAGGCCUGUACCGCAUCAUCCAACUUUCAAUAAAUAUGAUUGAAAUACCAA